ACAUUUAAAACUUUUCUGCCUAAUGGGAACAGAAUGAUGAGUUUUGCAUGCUGUUGUUUAUUCCGUUGAAACCGUCCCUGGAAAUUAUUUUCCAAUAAGCAAUAACGAACGACAUUAUGUCUAAAAAAGGAAAAUUGGUUAUGACUAUUGCUAAUCUGGCUUUGGAUUAUUUAUCUGAUGAUGAAGAAGAGGAACGAGAACUUUUAUCAAUAAUUUCAGAAGAAUUUCUGAUAGACACUGCUAAAGUUAAUACUCCAUCUGGUCAUAGUCAGCUUUAUGUAGAUUAUAUUGUUCCUCUUUACAAUGAACAGGAAUUUAAGAACUAUUACCGAAUGACGAGGGAAACGUUUAAUGCUCUUUAUGAAAAGAUAGGACAUACUUUUCAAAAAACAAUGGGCCGACCAACAAUUUGUCCGAGAAAAAUGAUUUUAUGUGCUUUAUGGAUGCUUUCAACACGCGACACUAUUAAAUCGAUUGCUGAAAGGUUUGAUCUCUCCAAAUCUAGCGUUUGUGAUGUUGUGAAGAGAGUGUGCAUGUCACUGAUACAAAAUUUAUCAAGUGUAAUAAAAAUACCAACCUUAGAUGAAAUGCAAGUAAUUGAAGAAGGCUUUCGAUUGAUGACCGGAAUUCCAGGAAUAAUAGGAGCCAUCGAUGGUACCCAGAUUCCUAUAAAAUGUCCACAAAUUGCACCAGAAAUAUAUGUAAAUCAAAAGAAAACCCAUUCUGUACAUUUACAAGCAAUUUGUGAUCACAGGAUGAUUUUCUGGGAUUGCUUUUGUGGGUACCCAGGAUCUGUGCAUGAUGCUGAAAUAUUUCUGAACUCAGAGGCUAAUGAGUUCCUCACGAGUGGAAAUGUGCCCACAGAGUAUCAUAUUUUAGGAGAUGCUGGUUAUCCUUUGAUGGAACAUGUGAUGGUGCCAUACACGGAUAAUGGUGAACUAAAUGACAUUCAAAUUAAGUUUAAUGAAAAGCAAAAAGAAUCUAGGAGCAUAAUUAAUAAAGCUUUAGCUUCUUUAAAAAAUCGUUUCAAAAGGUUGACUCAUAUUGAAAUAGAUAGGACUGACAAAGUUCCUAUGUAUGUUCUUGCAGCAUGCAUACUUCAUAAUUUUUGCGUUCGGAGAAAAGACUAUUUUCAGUGCUCAGAAGAGGAUGAAGAUUUUAUGAACCAAGAUAUUUACGAUGAAACUAAUGAUGAGACGGCUAGAAUCAAACGUAAUUAUUUGGCUCAUAGGCUUUAUAAGAAUUAAUUAUUGUAUGUAAACAUAGAUGUUUGUUUUUGUACAGUGAUAUUUAAUAAUUAAGAGUUUUAAUGUCUUGUAAAAAUAAACUUUGUUUUUUAUUUGAGCAAAAUUU